GGGACGAUUACAUUACUGCCAUUCCUGCGGAUAAAUCUGAAAGUAUAUAAGGGCGUACAACAACGAAAAUGCUUCUGCCGAGAUGUGAUGGCAAUAUUAACAAUUGCCAAUCUAUUUACAAAAACAUGGCCUUUGCCGUCUGGUUUCUCUCCACAUUUGUCAUUGUUGCAGCACAAAGGCAUAUGGCUCUAGAGCACGAGGGUACAUACAAUAUUGGCGGUGUACUGACUAACUCGGACAGCGAAGAACAUUUUCGCACCACAAUAGCGCAUCUUAACUUUGAUCAACAGUAUGUGCCACGCAAAGUCACUUACUAUGAGAAAACUAUUCGCAUGGAUAAGAACCCCAUCAAAACAGUGUUCAAUGUUUGCAACAAACUCAUCGAGAAGCGGGUAUAUGCUGUUGUUGUCUCGCAUGAGCAAACCUCUGGAGAUUUGUCACCAGCCGCUGUUAGCUAUACAAGUGGCUUUUAUUCCAUUCCCGUUAUUGGCAUUUCAUCCCGGGAUGCAGCCUUCUCUGACAAAAAUAUUCAUGUUUCAUUUCUGAGAACCGUGCCGCCUUAUUAUCAUCAGGCUGAUGUGUGGCUUGAGAUGUUAAGUCACUUUAGCUAUACAAAGGUUAUCAUAAUACACAGUUCGGAUACCGAUGGCAGAGCCAUUUUAGGACGUUUUCAGACUACGUCACAAACCUAUUACGAUGAUGUUGAUGUCCGGGCCACUGUUGAGAUGAUUGUGGAAUUCGAGCCAAAACUAACGAGUUUUUCUGAACAUUUAACUUACAUGAAGACGGCACAAUCACGUGUGUACUUAAUGUAUGCCAGUACCGAGGAUGCUCAAAUAAUAUUCCGCGAUGCUCGUGAUCAUAAUAUGACACAAGAAGGACAUGUAUGGAUUGUGACCGAACAAGCCUUAUUUGCCAAUAAUACACCCGAAGGAGUGUUGGGUCUGCAGCUGGAACAUGCCCACAGUGAUAAAGGACAUAUAAGGGACAGCGUUUAUGUUCUUGCAUCGGCCAUAAAGGAGAUGAUUUCCAAUGAAACAAUUGCCGAAGCUCCAAAGGAUUGUGGAGAUUCAGCUGUCAAUUGGGAAUCAGGCAAGCGCCUUUUCCAAUACCUAAAGACUCGCAAUAUUACGGGUGAGACAGGCCAAGUGGCCUUUGAUGACAAUGGAGAUCGAAUCUAUGCCGGCUACGAUGUCAUCAAUAUUCGUGAGAACCAAAAGCAACAUGUUGUUGGCAAAUUUAGCUAUGAUAAUAUGAGAGCCAAAAUGAGAAUGAAGAUCAAUGAUAGCGAAAUCAUUUGGGCUGGUAAACAGAAACGUAAACCAGAGGGCAUAAUGAUACCAACACAUCUGAAGCUAUUGACCAUAGAAGAGAAACCUUUUGUUUAUGUGCGACGCAUGGGCGAUGAUGAAUUCCAUUGCGAGCCAAAUGAGCGACCAUGUCCAUUGUUUAACACCACAGAUGCAACUGCCAACGAAUUUUGUUGUAGUGGCUAUUGCAUUGACUUGCUAAUCGAACUUGCCAAACGCAUCAACUUUACCUACGAUCUAGCUCUGUCUCCGGAUGGGCAAUUUGGUCAUUAUAUUCUGCGUAAUAAUACGGGUGCCACUUUGCGUAAGGAGUGGACUGGUCUGAUAGGUCAAUUGGUCAAUGAACGGGCCGACAUGAUCGUUGCACCACUAACCAUUAAUCCGGAGCGUGCCGAGUAUAUUGAAUUCUCGAAGCCAUUUAAAUACCAAGGCAUUACAAUACUCGAAAAGAAACCGUCACGAUCGAGUACUCUUGUGUCUUUCUUACAGCCAUUUAGUAACACGCUAUGGAUCUUGGUAAUGGUGUCGGUUCAUGUUGUGGCACUCGUUCUCUACUUACUGGACAGAUUUUCACCGUUUGGACGCUUUAAGCUCUCGCAUUCGGACAGUAAUGAGGAAAAGGCAUUGAACCUCAGUUCAGCCGUAUGGUUUGCGUGGGGUGUGCUUCUAAACUCUGGUAUUGGUGAGGGAACCCCACGUAGUUUUUCCGCACGUGUACUCGGAAUGGUUUGGGCUGGAUUUGCUAUGAUAAUCGUUGCUUCAUACACUGCCAAUUUGGCUGCUUUCCUUGUGCUGGAAAGGCCGAAAACGAAACUGAGCGGUAUCAAUGACGCUCGUCUAAGAAAUACCAUGGAAAAUUUAACAUGUGCAACCGUGAAGGGCUCUUCGGUGGAUAUGUAUUUCCGUCGACAAGUUGAGCUGUCUAAUAUGUAUCGGACCAUGGAAGCAAAUAACUAUGCAACUGCUGAGCACGCCAUUCAGGAUGUGAAGAAGGGCAAGUUAAUGGCCUUUAUCUGGGAUUCAUCUCGCCUGGAGUAUGAAGCCUCUAAAGAUUGCGAGCUUGUCACAGCAGGCGAACUCUUUGGACGCAGUGGAUAUGGCAUUGGACUUCAAAAAGGAUCACCCUGGACCGAUGCUGUCACCUUGGCUAUUCUGGAAUUUCAUGAAAGUGGCUUUAUGGAAAAACUUGAUAAACAAUGGAUAUUCCAUGGGCAUGUUCAGCAGAAUUGUGAACUGUUUGAGAAAACACCAAAUACGUUGGGACUAAAGAAUAUGGCUGGUGUGUUUAUUCUAGUCGGUGUAGGUAUAGCGGGUGGCGUGGGACUUAUUAUCAUUGAAGUGAUCUAUAAGAAGCAUCAAGUGAAGAAGCAAAAGCGUCUGGAUAUAGCUCGACACGCUGCUGAUAAGUGGCGUGGCACCAUAGAGAAACGUAAAACCAUUCGAGCAUCUUUGGCCAUGCAACGACAAUAUAAUGUUGGCUUGAAUUCUCGGGCACCCGGUACCAUAAGUUUGGCUGUGGAUAAGAAACGUUAUCCACGCUUAAGUCAGCGCAUGGGCCCUGAACGUGCUUGGCCCGGAGAUGCCGCUGAAGUUUUACGCAUGAGACGUCCGUAUGAGAUUGGCAAGCCAGGACAGUCGCCAAAAGUAAUAGGCGGUCCUCCACAUCCAAUGCUGGGCAAGACAAGACCACAGGCUCAGCAAAAUCUAUUGCCACCACGAUAUUCACCCGGUUAUACCAGCGAUGUGUCUCACUUGGUCGUUUAAUGAUUGAAUGCCCAACAAUGCGUUGUUACCAUUUUUUUUCUUCAUUAGAUCACAAAUUUUGAAUUGGAAUUAAGUUUGAUUUUACAUAUUUCUAAAAAUGUUGCAGUGUUUAAUAUUUUCGCAUAGUUAUGAUCUUGUUUACGGUCUCAAAUGUUCCAUGUGAAGUGCACACAUUAAAAGAAAGUUUCUGUUGAUAGUUUUGCUUAUUAUAUGUAAAUCAAUUGUUCAACAUGAUGUAUGAAUAUUUUAUAAAGGAAGCUCAUUAUAUGUAAUACGACGUAUUUCUGGUCUACCAAAAUGAUCAGAAAAUCGAAUUUUAAAAAGUUAACAGCUAACAUUUUC